CAAGAAUAUAAACUUGUCGACUACCUCUAUUUAUAGGAAAUUUAAAGGAGAAGAACUAAGUGGCAUGGUCUAAUUUAAGGAAAUAUUGGAUUUUUGCAAAAAAAUCGACUGCAAGAAAGGAAUUUAGUAAUGGCCGGAACACCAUCUUUCCAAAAGCUUAUGGCGCUCGCAGAUAGUCAAUCUGCUCAAACUGUUACGCAACUGGAGCAGUUGAAAAAGGCGCAGGUUCGUGCGAAGGCAAUUGAAUUAAAGGAAGAGCGAGACCGGGCACGACGAGCUCAAAGAGAACGCGAGUUGCGUAUAAAAUACGAAGAAGAACAGAAACGACUUCAAACGAAAGAACAGAAGCGAGCCUCCGAAAAUGCUAAAAGAUCUGAACGUCCUCCUAUAUCAGCAGACGAGGCUCGAGUGUUGCGAGAGCAAAAAGACAAGGAGCGAUUAGAGAAGAAGAAACCGGUUUCUUACAAUGAAUUACUUCGUCAGGCGUCUGACUCUCAAAAACUAUCUUCCGUCACAAAAGAUAAUACUAAGGUGAAUACCUCUUCUGCUCUUAAGCGGUCUUCUAAAACUCCUGAAAAAUCCCCCACAAAGGAUCCUUUUGGUGUGAGUAAUCGUAUUGGCGCUACAUCGUCUAAUCCAUCAACUCCUGCGUCCUUAGCAUGGUUAAAAGCAGACUCUCCUAGACCUACUGGGCCGGCCUCUAAUUUAGCUCGUUCUUCGUCUGCAAAUGCGCCUUUCAGCGGAAUAAGAAAUAAAGUAGGCUCUCGUCCUGGUGAACUGGUCCAAUUGCAGGCUGGCCCCAAACGUGACAAGCGGUCUGUUGCAGAAGUACAAGAUGAAAUUAUGCGAAAACGAACGGGUAUGCCAAAUGACACAAAACUCGCGCUGAAGUCCAAAACCGCUAGUGGUGUAUCGCGCUCCCUACCAAAAUCCAGGUCUUCGGCAGGUGUAAGUAAACAAAACAUUGCAAAUGCUGCCGAUAGGCCCGCGAAGGUUCCUCCUUCUGUUGCUUCAUCUUCAUCUCGUGCCUCAAAGUUAAAAUCGAAAAAUCGUCCUAGAGAUGACUUUGUUGUAUCUGAUGAUGAAGGAGAUGGUGUAUCAGACGUGUCUUCUGAGAUUUGGAAAAUUUUUGGAAAACGGAAACAAGAUUAUGUCUCCCGUGAUGCUUUGUAUAGCGAUGAUGACGAUAUGGAGGCUACCGGACAAGAUGUAUGGCGCGAAGAACAAGCUGCUGCUCGGGCUGCUCGCCAUGAGGAUGAAUUAGAAGAGCAAAGAGAAAGAGAGCUGGAAAUGGCUAAACGGAGAAAAAGGCUUUCAAAAGGUUAGCUGUAUAGCUUAAGGAGUCUUACUUUAUUAGGCGUUCGGCUCUCUUAUUAUUUGUUAAAACGUCCUUCCUUUGUUAUAAAUUAUUGUUAUCGAUGUCUCCAAUCCUUACUCUUGUUACUGAUAUAUAUCUACCGAAUGCAGCUUUUUUAUUCGCUAUACGUGCUAAAAUAAACUCUUCGUUACCAGUUUAUGAAACUGUUUGUAAUUCCUCUCCGGAUCAAUCGAUUACUUUAAUAGUACUUCCUCUGCCUUAAAGUAAGUAUUUCCUAUCAGUAAAAACCUUUGCUAUUUAAAUUUGCUUAUUGUUACUUUCUUUGACGAGUUGCUUUUUAGGAUGUUAUGAUUGGGUAUUAUUUACUUGGAAUUAUAGACGCUGUUAUCUUUUAUUGCUCGAAGAAAAAGGUAUUUUCUAGCUUACAUUUGAAGUGAUUUUCUUCUUUAUUUUUUUAUUUAUUUUCUUUUUCUUUUGCGAAAAUUUGAAUAGAAUCUUAUUAUUUAGAACAUUAUACUCAUAUAUCGUGAUGCUAUCUACAAGCUAUAUAUAUAAAUCAAAAAGGAUUGAGGGAAACAGAAACCAAAAAUAAAGGAGCUGGCAAUUAACCAUUCUUUCCUUCUUGUUCGUGAUGAGUUGAAGUACGUUGCAACCGUAGGACGAAAUCCUCAAGUGUACGAGUAGAGCCUUGCUUAGCCUUACCGUGCAUAAAGCGAUCAAAUUUGCUCGAUUCAGACAAGAUCAAGUAAACUCCUGCGAUAAAACAGAAUAUACCGAAGGAAUACAUCCAUACACGGAGGACGGCUACAAUAGACGUUUGAUGGCCACCUUUGAACCAUCCGAAAAGACAAAAGAUGGUAGCUAAAAUAUCAACGACUAAUACAGCUCCAGUCAAUUGCCAAGAAGGGAUAGAAGACCAGAAAGGUCCAUUACAACGAGUGAUAAAAAUUAGCCAGUUUUCAGUAAGUGAAAUUUGAAGGAAGAGUACCUCAUCAGUGACACCAAAGUUUUGUACAAUACCCCGGUUUUGUCCUGCAGCAACCAUCGUGGUAUAUACAAUCCAAGUACCAAUAGCUAAAAGGACACCAACUACCGUAGAGAGGCCCCACAGACGAGGAAGAUUCCAUUUAACUGGUUUCGGUGCAAACGGAGCAUUGUCGUAGGCAAUUGCUAGCGUUGCAACGUCGGCGAAGAUUGCAAUGAAGACAAUUAGCUCUAGAUUCAUUAAACGGUUUAAGAUGAUAAUCCAUAAUCCGUAAAAGAUUUCUAAAUGGAGGGACAAUGCAAUACGGUAAAUGAUAUAUGCAUACAUACGAUGGAAAAUUUGACGAGAUGUCUUUAAAGCAUCAAUAAUAGCUGAAAGACCAGGGGCCAAGAAAACAAUAUCAGCAGCUGAACGAGCAGCGUCAGAAGCACCUUCGACAGCAAUACCAGUGUCAGCCUUUUUCAAAGAAGGAGCAUCGUUGACACCAUCACCAGUCAUGGCCACUAAAUAACCUCUUUGUUGGAGAAUUUCGACGACUGAAUAUUUAUGUUGAGGGAAGACUUCAGCGAAACCGUCGGCAGCUUCAACAAAGUCGUAAACUUCUGAACCUGGCAUAUCACCACCGCCACCUAAACCAAGGCGUUCGGCAUUAUAAACAUUAGUACCCAUGCCUAGUUGGCGAGCUGUUUCUUUAGCAAUACCAACGGCAUCACCUGUAAGCAUCUUAAUUCUCAAACCCAGACGGAUAGCUUCGUGAAUUGUACGACCAGUGUCAUCACGAGGUGGAUCCGAGCAAGGCAUAAUACCGAGAAUAUCCCAUUGUUUUCCUUCUACUUUACGAGCAACACCGAGUGAACGGAAACCUCUAGAUGCCAUAUCGUUGACCUGUUCUCUGUAGGCAUCACUGACUUCUUGAGAAACUUCAUGAUCAUCUUGAACAGUCUUAAAUACCCAUAAUGGAGCACCUUUCACACAUGUCACUCGCUCACCUUCUGGAGUUUCAACGAUAGCCGUAACUUUUUUGGAAACAGGAUCAAAAGGAUGAAAUUGUAAAAUUUUGUAUUUAGAUAAUCUUUGUUUGGCUUGAGGGUAGUUUUUUAGAGCUUUCAAGAAUGCUUUGUCGAUGGCAUCCAGACCUUUUUUCUUUCGAGAAGAUGCAAGACAAGCCGUAAUCAUAAGAUCAUCGGCGUUGACACCUUCAACACAGUAAGGCUCACCCAAGGAAAGUCUGUUUUUAGUUAAAGUACCAGUUUUAUCAGAACAUAGGAUUUCCACGCCUGCAAGAGAUUCAAUGGCCGAAAGUUUUUGAACGAUAGCUCUUUUCUUGGCAAGAUAGGCAGCACCGACAGCCAUUGUUGUCGUAACGACUGCGGGAAGACCAACUGGUACACCAAUGAUAGUAAUUGCCAAAGUAUAUUCUAAGAGUCUUGCGAGGCGAACAGUACGAUAAAAUGACGCAGUAUAAAUACAGAGGAGGGUCAUGAUGACUAGAACAAGAAGAACAGUACCAAUUCCGUUAAGAACUUCCGUAAAAUGACCCUGAGCUUGACCAGCUGCGCCGACUAAAGAUGCAGCUCUGCCGACGAAAGUCGAAUCAGCAGUAGCUGUAACAACCAUGAAUGCCUCACCUCUUUUUACUGAAGAUGAAGAGUACAUGGUAUCAUUGUGAUGCUUAUCGACAGCAAGGGACUCACCAGUAAUUGCAGAUUGAUCUACUUGAAGGUAGCAAUUUUCAGUAAUUAAACGACCGUCUGCUGGACAGAUGGUACCUUCAUCAAGAUGUAGAAUAUCACCUGGAACAAUAUCUUGGGCUUCCAAUUCAACGGUAUGUCCAUCACGCACAACGGUGGAUUUUAAAGCCAUGGUUUUCUUCAACUCGUCCACAAUCGAACCGGCUUGAUAUUCUUGAACGAAACCAACGGUUGCAUUUAGCAUUAGAAGAGCACAAAUGACACCAAAGUCUACCCAGUCACGAAGACCAGCAGCAAGAGCGGCUGCAGCUUCCAUGACGAAUUGGAUAGGACCUAUAAAGAAAGAAAGGAACUUCUUGAAAUUAUUUUGUUUUUCCUCCUUCAUUUGGUUUAGACCAUAUUUCCUUUGUCUCUGUUCAACUUCAGAGGUGGAAAGACCCUGCUUGGGAUCAGUUUGGAGAAGUUCUUCUGGAACGGUUUUGACACCACCGGGUUCGUGAUGAUCUUCUUCUUCUUCUUGUUCUUCUUGAUUAUCCUGGGAGUAUAAAUCUUCUAUUAAUGCAUCAAUGUCCUCGUUGUCUUCGUCUUCGUCCUCAUUACCUUCUUGUUGUUGUUCUUGCUGUUGAUUAGCUGCUUCAGCAGCCUUUUCAUUAUGAGCAGAAGCUGGAGGAGAAGAGGGGGGUUGAUGUUCUUGUUGAGUAGGUUGCUGCUGUCGCUGUGUAGGUUGUGUAUCAGCAGGUCGUUGUUCAGCAGCAUUUUCAUCAGAAGGAUGAGGAGGGUGAUUCUGUGCAUUUGGAGCGACGGCGCCGGAUGCAUUGUCAUAGUCUACAGCUGUGGAGUCAUGGUUUCCUUGAUCGCUAUCAGUGUAUCUUUCAUUGCCGGAAGAAGCAACGCUGGUCCUAUCAGUUUCUUGCUGAGAAGCAUUGGGAUCGUUGCCCUCAUAUACAUAUGUUCUGGUAUUCCAGUCACGAGAAGAUGUAUUGUCCCCCUGUCGAGAUGUUUGAGGAUGCUCGUAUUGACGACUAACAUAUGACCCACUUGGAUCAGGAUCGUUGUCUCGAUUUUGCAUGUUGUCAAAAGACGGUUGAAAGGAAAGACUUUGUUAGAUGAAUGAUUAGGUGUUACAAAAGAGUGUGUCUUUCGAUGCAACUAUGUUCAACAAAAGAAAGAAGGGCAAGAUGGCGCUUAGCAAAAGAGAGCAGGAGGUGCUUCUUUUAUAGUUUAAUUGUGCAAGAAGGAAAGAACGUUCCAGGUUCUUAGUAUUUGACUGUUUUACAGGAUUACGACGAUAACGUCUUGCUAUUUUUGUCGCAUUACGUGGAAAUUUCUCUUCAAGACUGUUAAAUUGGUUCAUUUUCAAUAAUGACUAGGCGUUGACACUAUGUUUUGGGGAUCUGCUCUUCGUCAACGUAACACUUUCCUCAUAAGUCAUGACUGGCACAUUUCGUGUACAGCAUUUAUUGGCAUAUGAGUGUCUUUUGUAGAGAAAAAAAAGGUUUAUAUGGCUGAGGAUUUCGUUUUAGUUUUAGUUGAGGGGAAGUCAAUUUAUGCGCCAUCCGCAUUCAAUUGUAUCUUGCUGAGGAAAGGUGUCUUUUGUUUACAAAAUGGAGAGCAAACGUAAACAGUGCAAUACGAAUGCUAUAGUUAUGUGGCUGCUACAACUCUUUAUUUUUUUUUUAAAAAAAAAAUAAAAAACUGUUGUUACAGGUAAACCCUUUUUUGUGUUAGCAAGACAAAUGUGUGAACUCUAAAAGUUAUACACACUAAUGUAGUUCCAAUAGUACAAGGAAAAGGAAAAAUAUGAGGUAAAAUAAGAAAAAAUCACCUCAGUUUAGUUAUAAGUACGUUUUCAUCUUUCAUGCUGCUUAUUUGUAAAUGAUGGAACGGGCUUCGUUUCGAAAAGUCCAUUACUUGCCCGUUGCUUUUAUCAAGUUAAAGCAUUUUAUUUUUUUUUCUUUAAUAAUUAAUUAAUUAAGACGUUGAGU